CGCAAAACCGGUUUUACUCUUUACUGCAAGUCCUUCCCAACCUUCACUCUUUUCAUACUCGCCCCAGACCUCUCAUCCGCGCGUCUGAAUAACCAACGCCAGGAGCCUAUUACUUAUGGGCUCCUGCCAACGCGAAGUUAAAGAAUUAUGGAUUGCUUAACGAUUUAAGAUAAGAAUAUUUUUCCUUUUUGAUAAUUAGCUCAGUAUAAUAGCUGUUCGUGCUUGAAGGCAGAGCUCUGUUGGAUCAAAAAAAAAUGAACGUCUCCCUCUGGCUUGGCCCGCGCACAGAGAGAACAAAGUCUGAUGCGAAAGUGCGGGGAGAGCGCAAAAUGUGACAGUCAAACUCGCCUUCCAUUUUCUUCGAGCGUUUGACACACAUGAUAGACAAUUUUGGCUAGUUUUUGUCUUUUCUAAACUUUCCGUAAACAUCACCACCCAGCGGAGCUUUGCCUUCCUUCAUAAUCGUCUCUUUGCUUGGUUAUGUUGCGUGACGAUGCAAUACGUGACCUCUUUCGAAGACCGGCCCGUCCCACGUCAACAGCGCUUUGCAGCUUGAAUGCGUCAUCUGUCAGGUUGAUGACAGCUUUCUGACAUGUCGAAAAGUAUUAUAGUAUAGGACAGUGUAGAAUUUCCCCAACAUUCGAGGAGGCCUUCAUUCCACUCAAGGUGACAAACACCGAACUUUGUCGCUAAAAGACUUAGUCUCGAGAGCAGAAUUAGAACCUGGUGGCUUGAGAGAGAGAUAAGGAAAGAAAAAAGCUUUCGUCAGGAUGGGUGCCAGACUGUUGUGUUUGACUCUUGCUUGCGUAUGCCUUCUUACAACGGCGGUGAGUAACUCUACGAAUUCUUUUACCACCUCGUUGAUUCGCCUUGUCUUCUCAGAUGAUUCUUAGAAACCAAGCAUUAUUAUUAUUAUUAUUAGAGACUAAUAAAACGAAGUGUUUUUUCAGGGACACUUUUGCUUUGUAACCAAACAGGUUCUAAAUUCUAUUUGUCGCUUUCACGCUUUCUGCUUGCAAAGUAAACAAUCCGCCAUUGAUUUUUGAUUGAAUGUAAAUAUUUACAGAUGGUAUCAAUAACUUACUGAUCUUUAUUUGUCUUCAAUUUUGCUUGAGUUUUUUACUGGAAAAACCAUUUUACUAUCCUCUAUCUUGCUUAACUUCUCGUGUAUCACUCAUCAACGAAAUUUCAAACUGACUGUAUUAAAAGAGGAAUGUGACUAAAUCCAUUAUAAUUUGGAAAUACAUGAAAAAUUCCGAAGAUGUCUUAGUUUCCUGACCUCUAGGAAAGAUUAUAAAAAACCCCCUUUCCGGUUUCUGCUAAACGAAACACUUGUACUUCACUUUACAACUGCGUUACAUAUUUCAUUCCUAAAAAGUGUCAUGUGGAUGCAAAAAAUAGUUUUAAUAGAUGGGAAAAUUACUAAGAGUGCUGUCUCGAAUUUCCUCUGAGAGUAGAUCCCCUGGGUUUUUAGCCUUGAAACUAAUCCCACAUAUUCGGGGUUUGAUCUUUGGAGAGGCUUCGAAGAGGCUUUUGUUAAAAAUUAUAAUAAAAAAAUGCUGGAAAAUCCAUGUAAUAAAUAACAAAAUACCGAUUUUUAAGCCUUCCUUUGGAGAUGAUCAAAACUACUUUUGGUUUUACAUCACGGGAAUGGAAAGACCCAAGAAUGGAUUUUGUUAAAGGAAGGUGAAAACAGUCUGUCAAGAGCGCGGUGUAAAAGGAAGAAAAAAGACCGUAGCUACCUGUGAUAAUUUCACUUUUAGCCAGAUGCGUUGUCACUGCGUCAAUUAUAUUACUUUUGUUAUUGUUUGUUCUCUUAUUCCUGUUAACUUUCGAUUACGCUUUAUCUUUUUGUUCUUUUGCUUAUCCGUUGACGAAACGAAGACCGCAGAACAGUCACCGGUCAAACCAAAGGGUAGGUAUAUUUGUGAGGAAAGAUAGCUUUUGUGAUGUGUUCUUUUUAUCUGCCAUAUUUACGAUGUCAAAAAUCUCUCUUUCAGCUGCUAACAGUUCAGCUCGCGUGAUUUAAUAAGUAAUUCUUCCUACUUGCAAUAAUUCAUUUCGCUACAUAUUAGUUCAGUGGGCGUUUUUCUUGUGGGAUAAAAUUACGAAACUGUGAGGAUAUAUCAAAUAUUCUUGAAUUUUGUUGGGAUUUUAGGAAGGAAAGAAAUUGAAUUUACUGUGUCAAGCACGCCCAUUCAGCUGCGCAUAGCCUAUUUGCGUGUUAGUUUAAUGUAACAAAGUGCAGUGUACGAAACAAACUGAUAAUGUGUAUGAGCAAUUCAGUUCUCGGUUAAGAUAAAAAGAUAAACAAAACAAAAAAAGUACCAUAUUGUACACAUAGAUUAUGAUUGUAAUUGUUUUCUCUAGACGAAAGUUGAUCUUCUUCAGCUGUCAUUCACUCUUACAUCUCUUCCAAGCAGCCCUUCAUUUGCAGCCUUUUUUUCAAUUGCUUAAGUGUACAGUCGCGGAUUUUUCUAAAGUCAAAGACGACGUGCAGAAGUACGCCAAACAUCCAAACCCCGGUUGUUCGAAGAACAUAUAACGCUAUCCACCGAAUAACUCUCUGUCUGGUUUAUAACACAGUACGUUUUGAUGACACCUAUCCACUGGAUAGCGAUUUAUCCGUUUAAUAGCAUUACCCGCCCUUUGAACUGCUGAGCCAUCAACGCCUUUUGUGGUUUGUGCCCUCUUAGGAAAUUUUUAAUUUAGAGGAAAUCCCCGGACUCUCAUUUUUUUUUUUUUGGUUCUGUAAAUCAAAAGUGUCUUUGUUAUAGACUAUCAAUUAUUUUUAGUAUUCGACUGAUCCAAAGAAUCUGGGAGGGACUCAAAGCCUUGGGAGUGCUCGUUUCGAAUUAUAAAUGACAACCUUUCCUAAAGAAGGUCAAUGUUGGCGUUGCUCAAGCAUAAUCUGACAACUGUAAAGGCCGCGUCUUAAAAAAAACUGUCUUAAUGUCGCUGGUUUACGAUACAUUAGUCAGACAGAAAGAAUGUUAAUUAUUUUUUUUAGCCUCCCCUUGCUGCUGCGGCACAAGCGGCGAAGCCCUCAGAUUCGAAACGGCGAACUAAGCGAGGUGUGAGAGGUCUGACGCGAGAAAUGCCAAAUCCCUCGCAGCAGAUUCCUCGCAGACCUCUCUCUCGGGAACCUUCUCGCAGGCUUUCCAUUGCUUCUGUUGGAACACAACGAAUAACGUGUAUCACCCAUCAACACAACACAUUUUUGCCGUCCAUGGCUUCAGCUUGCGUAGUUUAAUCUAGCGCUAAAAGACUAGUCACUAUUUAUCGCCUGGGGGGGUAGGGUCGGAUGACUUUGGUUAUAUCACGACAAAAUUUACCUGACCCCCCCUCAUUUCCAGACAAUUGGCAUUCAAUUUUGUAUAUUCCCAUCUUCAUACUCUAUUGGUGGCGAAUGAACCCCCCUCCCUUCCGUUCCCAUGCAAUUCUCAAAGUUUCCCCCCCCCCCGUCAUAAAUAGUGAUUGGUUCCUAAUUUGUGUCAGAAUUACCUUGUCAAAGAUUUUUUUUGUUCUAAUAUCCAAGCAAUGGUCAACAGAUUUCAAUUUACACGAGUACCUUUUUUUUACCCCAAAGAUCCUUGCCAAAGGGUUUUCUGCACUAAAGGACGUAUGUGUGUUGUGAACGAGGACCGAUCUACCACUUGUGUGUGUCCAGAAUCUUGUCCUGAGGAGUAUAAUCCAGUCUGCAGUGUGUACCGAACGGAAUUCAACAAUAAGUGUGAACUGCACAAGUUUGCUUGUCGACUUGGCGUUAUGGUUGGAAUAGAACGACAGGGAAAGUGUGAUGACGAAGGUUCGUUGUUGAAAAAAUCAACCAGAUAUAGUGGCUAUCAAUACGUGACGAAAUUGUCAAAAAAAAUAAGUUUCUCAACCUGCUGGCGGGCCCUAAUAAUUAGCGCAACAGGACGCGCAUUCCUCCGCCCGCGGGAAUAUUAGAGACAAGUCCCCUGAGUUGGGGAGAGGUUUUCUUGGGGUCUGGUCCUCAUUAUCAGUGCUACACCCUUUCCAGACCUCUUGCCUGGUCAAGACCUCACCCUGCUCGUAGGUAGUUGAAAAUUCUCGUGAUAUUCACCAUUCUUAUCGAAACUUAAAAGUUGCGAGAGGAAAAGUCGAAUGUCACGGUAAAUAGAUGAUCACACCGAAAAUUGAAAGAGCUUGUACUCAGUUUGGACCCACGAACGUACGCACUACGCAGUAACCAUCAGUGAUUAUGUCUUCUUGCGUUUCGAAACAGCAUAUCUGUCUUUAAUUUAUACCUCACCAGAAUCCGUAUAGGCAAAUUCAUAUUCAGCCAAAUGCAUUGUACAACCUGAGGCCUUUUUGCUUCAAAAAACAACAAAGGUUAUCAGAUGUCCUUUUUGAUCUGAUGGUGAUGUUGGUGACCAAAACGAACUGUUUCAAUUCAAAAGAAGGCAGGAACUUCACCCUUGUUCUCCCGAUACGAUGAAACUUUCCCUAGCGUUACAUAGCGGUGAUUUAUUUCCUGAACAAUACCAAAUGGGAGCAAAGAUAAAAUAUUCGGGACCGGGGCUGCUCCCCGCCCCCUUUGCUCCGGUGGUGGUGGGGUUGGGGCUAUUUCCGAACCUAUUUUUCCGUCUUCUUACCUACUUGAUUUUCUUUUUUCUUGAUUAACUUUCUGGACAUUUUUAGGAGACAAAUGGAAGUGGGGGCCGUGCUCAGCCUCCAGUCUUCAGCAGUUCCAUGAUCGAUAUCUCGAAUAUCUAAUGUUUGCACGAGAGAAGGAGUUGGAUCCAGAUUUCCCACUUGAGUCGAAAAGAUUGGAAUCAUUGACAUAUGAGGAACGGAAAGCAAUUAUAGAGGUAAAUGGAUAUCACUCCCUUGCAAGAUACCUGUCUUAUUCAUCUAACAGAUAUUUUCUAAUCGCUCUCUAACAAACAGAUUCUAGUUAGCUGACGCACGGGCCUAGCCGCGCUUAGUCACCGCGUCACGACUACGAGCCAAGUAUAUUCCCUUUCAGUCCUCACACUAAGUCAAAAAGUUCAUAUUCUGGCACUACCCUCGCCAUUACGUAUGGCCCUCAUACGGGGAUUCUUGUCUAUUUUUUUUUUAAUCUAAAAGCGCACGUAGGAUCAUUUGGUAAUCUCUCUUCUAUUUUCUUUUGUAGUGGGAAUUUUAUGGUAUGGACAAGAACCACAAUGACAUUCUCGACAAAGACGAAAUCAAAUUAAUGAUCGACCCGAACGAAGACUGCAUGAUCGGAUUUAUGAAGUCAUGUGACUAUGAUCACAAACCGGGAAUCAGCAGAAAGGAAUGGAACGAAUGCUUUCCGCCAAUCAGUCCUGGUGAGUAGGUAACAUACCAGUGGAAAAAUUACGGGAAAAGCGAGAGACAUAUUAAGGAAAAGCGCUGUAAAUGCGCGGGAAAAACGCGAGAGGGGCGUUAGGAAAAGCCAGCGGAAAGUGGCUUGAGAGAUACUACUGCAGUACGCUUUGAAUCAUUAUUAAGCAUAGUAGACGGACUAAGACACCAAUUUUUUUUUCGCUCGCUUAACUUUUCGUACUUCACUAUUGUCAAGUUGGCAGCGGGCUGUCGUCCUUCAGCAGAGAUGCCAACCUCUGGAGAUCUCAAAUCUGGAGAUUUUUUUUCGGACCAGCCCCCCUCCCGGGAGACUUAUUUUUUUUAUUUGGACCCCCUAACCCCCCCCAUGAGCAAUUUCGCGGGAAAAAUGUGGAUCUAUCUGUCAAGGACCUCAAUUGGUUGAAUACUCAUCCAAUCAGACUCUCUUAUAAAGGAGUAACAAGGAAGAAACUCUCUUAUUUUUGUUUGCAACGAACAACGCGCAUCACGCAAGAAAUUGAAGCCAGAAACUAUAAUACAAGCAGAAAAAGCGAGAUGAGAAAGCGAGAUGAUUUUGGAAUUUUGGAACAUAUGGAGCUUGAAUCUUAGUUUUUUGUGGGCAACUGAUCCAAACUUCCUUUUAUCCGGGAGUUUUGGUCACCCGUACAGGAGAGCGGGAGAUUGGCUUUGUAUCUAGGAGAGUUGGCAUAUAUGCUAUUGCUCGCCUGAAAUAUCGAGUAAUUACUUGCAAAAUCGAAGAUUAUCGAUUCGCAGCUUUGGUCCCAGGCUCUCUCUUGCCCCAGCCCCAUUGAACGGGUAGUGAGAAGAGCGACCCUGGGAAUGAGGUUAGCAUUACCAUUUCAAAACUAAAAACGUAAUUAUUUAUUAUUCAAUAAAUAAAAAGUGAAAAAAAGUAAAAAUGUGAGGUUCCCUUGGAAACGUAUGAAUAGGGAACAUCUUUAUUUUACCUUGGAAGCUGCAUUUAUACAUUAACGCCUACCUAAAUUAUCAAUUAAACUUUUUUUCGGUGUUCUUUGUUUCCUUGUCUUAACAGAAGUGAACCAAGACGCUAUGGACUUCAAAUGAAAGAAGCAACAAAUGUCAGAAGGAGCCUUUAAAAUACUUGAUAUCGUUUUUAUUUCCUCAGAUGUCAGUUCUAGUUCAUUUGUAAAACCUCGUUAUUCAAGAAUGCUUUGAUUAAAAUUUUCCUUAACGCUUCAUACAAUUAUUUCAAUUUCUUCCUUCCGCAACUUUGGGAACCCUCAAAACCUGCCUGGAG